AUGGCGGGCAAAGUUGCGGUUAUUACUGGCGCAAAUAAGGGUUUAGGAUUUGCCGUAGUGAAAGCAUUGUGUCAAAAAUAUGAUGGAACUAUUUAUCUAACUGCAAGAGAUGAAAAUAGAGGUCUAGACGCUGUCGAAACGCUGAAAGAAAUUGGACUAAAACCCGUUUUCCAUCAACUGGAUAUCAGUGACUACAAUAGUAUAAAGAAAUUCGCCGAGUUUAUUAAAGCAAAACAUGGUGGUGUUGAUGUACUUGUGAAUAACGCUGCUAUUUUAGAGUGGGAUGAAGUGUAUCCAACUUAUAAAGCGGCCAAACGGAGUAUUGAUAUUAAUUACAGAAGUUUGCUGGCUAUUGAAGAAUAUUUGUAUCCACUUUUGAGAGAAGAAGCAAGAGUAGUAAACGUUUCUAGUCCAUGUGCUCAUCUUUCUAAUUUAAAAAAUAAUAAAUGGAUUAACAUAUUAAAAGAUCCCAAUUUACGAGUAGAAGAAAUCAACGAGUUUGUAGACGAAUAUUUGGAGAGUGUUAAAAAUAAGACGUUUAAUAAAAGUGAUUUUGCAGAUGAUGGCAAACAUGCUGAAUAUAGAGUAUCUAAAAUAGCCUUUACAGCUUUAAGUAUGUUACAACAGCGGAAAUAUCCUAAAAUAUCAAUUAAUGCUGUUUACCCAGGACACUUGAAAACGGAUAUGGCAAAUGGUGGUGGAAUAAUUGAAGCCGAAGAAGCUGCUAAAUUUAUUUUGUAUUUAAUUUUAGAUGCUCAACCGGUGUUAAAGGGAAAGUUUUUCUGGGACAAUUGGCAAAUUAUUGAUUGGUUAGAUUCUAAGGCUGAUUUGGGUAUCCCUAGUGUGUGGUAA